CGUGGUCUGUAAUUAGGUUCUUCAUAAGGAGUAGAAUUAAAAAUAUCACUGAGUAAAUCGUCUGUCUGCCCAUAUUGUAGCGGAAACGCUUCAGUCACCUUCGCCAGUGAAGGUUGGUCCGCUCUCCGUCAGCAGAGGAGGGAGGGUCAACAUGGCGUCCGAGGAGGAGAGCUCCAAUGGCCCUGUGAAGAAGUCCAUGCGUGAGAAGGCCAUAGAGAGGCGCAACAUCAACAAGGAGCACAACAGCAACUUCAAAGCGGGCUAUGUACCCAUAGAAGAAGAACGUCUUCAUAAGACCGGGCUGAGAGGACGCAAGGGAAACAUGGCUGUUUGCAUCAUAGUGCUCCUCUUCCUGCUCGCCUUAAUUAAUCUCAUUAUCACACUGGUAAUAUGGACGGUGAUCCGAAUCGGCCCAAACGGCUGCGACAGCAUGGAGUUCCACGAGAGCGGCCUGCUGCGCUUCAAACAGAAGGCCGACAUGGGAAUUGUUCAUCCUCUGCACAAGAGCACGGUCGGCGGCCGCAAAGACCAGGACCUGGUCAUCGUGGGCAACAACAACCCAGUUGUGUUCCAGCAAGGCAACACGAAGCUGAGCGUGGAAAAGGACAAGACCUCCGUCGUCAGCGACGUCGGCAUAUCCUUCACAGACCCUCGGACGCAGACAACUUUCUUCAGCACAGACUUUGAAAACCACGAGUUCCACCUGCCCAAAGGAGUCAAAGUCCUCAGUGUUAAAAAGGCGUCCACUGAAAGGAUCACUAGCAGCGCAUCAUCUGACCUGAACAUCAAGGGAGACACUAAGGCCAUCAUUCGCGGUAAUGAGGGAGUGAACAUCAUGGGCCGCACUGUGGAGUUUAAAAUGGGUGGAGACAUUGAGCUCAGAGCUGAGAACAGCAUUGUCCUCAACGGCUCAGUGAUGUUCAACGCCACACGCAUUCCCAGCUCCACAGACCUGACAUUCAACGACGGCCUGGAGAGGUACAAGCUCUGCAUGUGCGAAGAUGGGACUCUGUUCCGUGUACUGGUGAAGUUCCCCAACAUGGGCUGCCAGAUCUCAGACAACCCGUGUGGGAAAGCUCACUAGCGCCACCGUUCCAUCCGCCUGCAGUCGUUCGACUGUGAAAUCAGACAAACCUCUUCCAAACCUGCACAUUUUGGACCGAGUUCAGUUUAAGUUUGAGUUUAACCUGGCGGUUAAGUUGAGCCGUUUCUCUGAGUGCCACAUUUACAUUUUAUUACAAAUCUACCCAAAGAUAUUACGGGAGUUCGUAAAAAUAAAAAAA